CUGCAUCUGGGAUCAGUGAGAGCGCCACGGUUUCGCGCCCCCUGCAGGACUGGAGGAGCGUUGCGUUUCCUCGCACCAACUUCGCCGCCGUAUAACCAGAGAACUGAGAGCCCUGACAAGAGCAGCCACACAUCCAGAUCAUGUCCGGCCCUGUCACGAGUCGAUCCCGCGUUUAUCCAGAUGUCAACACACAGAGACCACGAGAAUACUGGGACUAUGAAUCUCACGUCGUAGAGUGGGGCAAUCAAGAUGACUACCAGCUGGUGCGGAAGCUCGGCCGAGGAAAGUACAGCGAAGUAUUCGAAGCCAUCAAUAUUACAAACAAUGAGAAAGUAGUCGUCAAAAUACUCAAGCCAGUAAAGAAGAAGAAAAUCAAGCGGGAAAUAAAAAUUUUGGAGAAUCUGAGAGGCGGCCCUAACAUCAUCACACUUCUAGACAUUGUCAAAGAUCCCGUGUCUCGAACUCCAGCUCUGGUUUUUGAACAUGUGAACAACACAGACUUCAAGCAAUUAUAUCAAACGCUAUCAGACUACGACAUCCGGUUCUACAUGUACGAGAUCCUAAAGGCUUUGGAUUACUGCCACAGUAUGGGAAUCAUGCACAGAGAUGUGAAGCCACACAACGUAAUGAUCGACCAUGAACACAGAAAGCUGCGACUGAUAGACUGGGGUUUAGCAGAGUUUUAUCACCCCAGUCAGGAGUACAAUGUCAGGGUGGCGUCUCGAUAUUUCAAAGGACCUGAAUUGCUGGUGGACUAUCAGAUGUAUGACUACAGUUUAGACAUGUGGAGCUUAGGCUGCAUGUUGGCGAGUAUGAUCUUCCGGAAAGAGCCUUUUUUCCAUGGACACGACAACUACGAUCAGCUCGUACGGAUUGCCAAAGUCCUGGGCACAGAGGACCUCUACGACUACAUCGACAAAUACAACAUUGAGCUUGAUCCACGGUUCAAUGACAUUUUGGGAAGACAUUCCCGGAAAAGGUGGGAACGGUUCGUGCACAGUGAGAACCAGCACCUGGUCAGUACCGAAGCGCUCGAUUUCCUGGACAAACUGUUGCGCUAUGAUCAUCAAGCUCGCCUCACCGCCCGGGAGGCCAUGGAGCACCCUUACUUCUACCCCAUAGUGAAGGAACAGGCAAGGAUGGGCUCCACUUCAGGACUGUCCUCUGGCUCCACUCCAGUCAGCACAUCCAGUAUGAUUACAGGUGAAUCAUAACAGGAGGUGUCACAUCGAUGUCCUCCCAGCCGAUGGCCAACAUCGCAGGAUCUCCUGUUAUCUCCUCUCCCAGCGCUCUUGCCACACAGGUUCCUGCAACCGCUGGUGCCCAACCCUGAACGGACUCGCUGUCCAUCUCUUACCUGGGCCACAUUUUUAUGUUGAGUGUAAACAGGUAAAAGAGAGACUAAAUUAGGUUUCUUUUUUCCUUUUUCUUUUUUUUUUUCUUUUCCAUACAAUAAUUAUAUAUUGAAGCUCAGACACACAGCAGACAGUUAUGUUGUGUCAGUGUCCAGCUUUCUUUCCCAAUGGUAUCUAUAUAGAAGCCACUACAGUGUAGAAAUUCAGAAAAAUGGAUAAUAAAAUUUAUUUUAUAUGUCCCUA